UGUGUGUGUGUGUGUGUGUGUGUUCUGUGCUGUUCAGGAGGAGCCGUGGCUGGAGGACGAGCACAGUGAGUUUCUGGAGGAGCUGAAGAUGGAGAUGCUGGAGGAGCAGAGGAGAGAAGAAGAAGAGGAGGAGGAGAAGGCGAGAGUGGCUGAAGAAGAGUCCAUCACAGCCUCCUGCUCCUACAGCCCUGAGCAGAUCCUCCAGACGGACCCAUCAGAGAUGAGCGUCCUCUCCCAGAUCCAGAAGCGUCUGUCUCGGUGUCUGCGUCCGGAUCAGAUCAGCCCAUCUGAGACUCCAGAAGCGGAGCGUUUCCAGCAGCUGCUGGAGCUCAAGUGCCAGAUCCGAAACAGCGGCGAGUACGACCUGCUGUACCGCAGAUCCGUCCAGUGCAGCGGCGCCGAGAACGAGCUGCGCUUGCUGAACCAGGAGCUGCGCAGCAUCCAGAUCCAGUGCCAGAACAUCAUGCAGCGCCACAAGACGGACUCCAAACUCCCAGAGAUCCAGGAGCAUCCCGAGCGGUCGGAUAAGGACAGCUCCAGUGCGUAUAACACGGCGGAGAGCUCCCGCAGUACACCCCUCGCCACAGAGAGAUCUCCAGAACACAGAACGCUCAGCCGCCGUCCCGAAUCAUCCAUCAGGAGCGCCAGUCCGGAUCACAGCAACCCGUCAGAGUCUCCAGACGAGAUCUCCAGCAGGUCCCUGCACUCCAGGAUCCCGGUGCAUCAGUACCGGAGCUACAUGCAGAUGAUCCAGGAGCAGACGGCGCUGGAGUUCGGGAUGAUCAACAUGAGCGUCCCGCAGGAGGACAAUAAGAUGGAGUGGAAGGUGAAGGUGCGGAGCGACGGGACCAGGUACAUCACCAAGCGUCCGGUGCGGGACCGUCUGCUGCGCGAGCGAGCGCUGAAGAUUAAAGAGGAGCGCAGCGGAGGAAUGACCACCGACGACGACGCCAUGAGCGAGAUGAAGAUGGGGAGAUACUGGAGCAAAGAGGAGAGAAAGCAGCAGCUCCUGCGGGCGAAGGAGCAGCGGCGGAGGAGAGAAAUGAUGCAGCGCGGCCGGACGGACACCCACAACACCUCCAUCAUGGAGAUCAGCCAGCGCAGGAGCACCAAGAGGAGGAACAGAAGGAUCCUGGACAGCUGGAUCACCAUUCAGGAGCUGCUGAGCCACGGACACACAGCAGCAGCAGAGGGCGCCAGAGAGCACAGCGCCUUCCUCUCCGUCACCACCGUAUGACUGACUGUACCCGCCGGGUACGAUACCUUCUGCCUCGUUCAAUGCGGCACUUUUUAUGACAGAUGACUCUGAUAUUUUCACAAUUUGUUAAUGUUUUAUAAGCGAGAGUUACACUGCAUUGCUUUUAUUUUAUUUAUUUAUUUUAUUAAUUAAUUAAUUUAUUGAUUUAUGUAUUUCGGUUGCUGUGAUAUUUCAUGGAUGAGAGUAAUUCACUUACAAAAAUAAUCAUUUUGACAUCCGACUUCAAUUUCAAUCUGGACAUUCAUUUAUUUUCCUUCGGCCUUUAUUUAUCAGAGAUCACCACAGCGGGAUGAACCGCCAACUAUUCCAGA